AUGUUAGCACCGGUGGAGACUCUUCCAAUCACGGUGGAAGAGACAAGUCUCUCUGCCGUUGAUGUCAUCUCCAUGUCGAUGCAUAAUCUAAUAGCUUUUGUUUCUAGCUACCGUCCAUGGUGGUCUGAAUUCCUAGCAUUAGGUUCGAUUGACCGUCCAGCCUCUUUCUCCUCCGCUGUUUCGCGCGUUAAAAUAAACCUCCGGCAUUUUGCGGUUAACUACUUUCUUUUAACAGCAGCUUCGGUCACACUCUUCUUGAUCGGUGAUCCGUCUUGUCUUCUCACCGUUGCCUCCUUUGGAAUCAUGUGGCUGCUUCUAUAUUUCUAUCGAGACCAUCCAUUGGUCUUGUGCGGUCGACAUAUAAACGACCGUGUGAUCGCCCUCGGGUUGAUCCUUGGCUCGCUUUCGGCAUUGUGGUUCGCAAACUGCCUCCAAAGUCUGGUCCUUGGCAUCGCUGCGAGCUUCCUGCUUUGUUUGGUCCACGCCGUCGUACGGAAUUCAGACGACCUUUUUGUACAAGAAAAAGAUGUUGUUGUUCCUUCCUCUUUUCUUCAUUGGAGCUGACAAUG